AUGAUGUCCUUGUGUCAUGAUAGGAUUAACGUUUCUUGCACAAAAAACAACUGGUCAAAUGGCAUCCGUGCUAGCUUGUACAGCUUAAUGGUGCUCAUAAUUCUCACCACACUGGUUGGCAAUCUGAUAGUUAUUAUUUCUAUAUCACACUUCAAACAACUUCAUACCCCAACGAACUGGCUCAUUCAUUCAAUGGCCACUGCAGACUUUCUUCUGGGCUGCCUUGUCAUGCCUUACAGCAUGGUGAGGUCUGUUGAGCACUACUGGUAUUUUGGAGAAGUCUUCUGUAAAAUCCACACCAGCACUGACAUUAUGCUGAGCUCAGCAUCCAUUUUUCAUUUGUCCUUCAUUUCCAUUGAUCGCUACUAUGCAGUGUGUGACCCACUGAGAUACAAAACCAGAAUCAGUAUCUUGGUUAUUUCUGCAAUGAUCUUCAUUUGUUGGAGUGUCCCUGCUAUUUUUGCAUUUGGAAUGAUCUUUCUGGAGCUAAACAUCAAAGGAGCUGAAGAGAUAUAUUACAAACAUGUUCACUGCAUAGGGGGUUGCUCUGUCUUCUUUAGUAAAGCAUCUGGGGUAGUGGCCUUCAUGACUUCAUUCUACAUACCUGCAUCGAUUAUGUUGUAUAUCUAUUAUAGAAUAUAUUUCAUAGCUAAAAGGCAGGCAAGAUCAAUUAAUAAUGCAAAUCAGAAGCUUCCAAAUGGAUUGGAAGAGAAAAACAGAAAUUCACAAAGCAAAGAACGGAAAGCUGCAAAGACAUUAGGGAUUGUGAUGGGGGUGUUUCUGAUAUGCUGGUGCCCUUUUUUUGUCUGCACAGUUGCAGACCCUUUCGUGGGCUACACUAUCCCACCCACCUUGAAUGAAGCUUUGAUUUGGUUCGGCUACUUGAACUCUACUUUUAAUCCAAUGGUUUAUGCUUUUUUCUAUCCCUGGUUCAGAAGGGCACUGAAGAUGGUUUUAUUUGGUAAAAUUUUCCGAAAGGAUUCAUCUAGGUGUAAAUUAUUUUUAGAAUAA